AUGCCAUCGUCGAAGCCGUCCGGAUCAGGCUCCAGUCCAGGCUCCGGAUCGCGCAACAAGUCGGUCGACUCGGCUGCGUCCACCCCCGAGCCUGCUGCCACCGCCUCCACACCCGCCAUGCCCGAUCCCAAGACCGAGCUGCCGGCGUACCUGCUGCGCCUCCAGUCGGCGCUCCAGCCGCUCACCCGCAAUGCAGCCGCCAUACCUACCCACGGCGACCUCGCCUUCCACCGCAGCAUGGACCGCAAGCUCGCCAAGAAACUCGACGCCGAGUCCAACAGGUUGCUGCAGUCCAUCUCCCAGCUCGCCAGCUGGAUCGCCUCGGACUCGCGGGCGCCCAGCAUCCCGCUUGCACAAAGCUCGUCUUCAGUGGCGUCGUCAUUGACCGACAAGACCAACGCCAAAGCCAAGGUGGAGCUCGAGCUCGACAUGGCAGACGUCACCACCAACGAGUCGUUCGCCUCCAACCUCGGCGAGCUCGUCGACCAUCUGCUCGAAAGCGCAGACACCUGCCUCGACGAGUACACCGGAAAGCUCGCCCCGCGCUCGCUCGCCAAUGCUGCCACCGUUGACUCUAACGGUGAUGCCGACGCGGCCUCCGCACACGGCAGGAUGCAGGCCAUGACGGCGGUGCAGAACGGCAAGGCGCUGCCCAAGACGGGCAACUUACCCGCCUGGGUGCUCAAUGCUCCCAUCCCCCCGCCCCAGCGCAACUUUACCACCAAGCCCGACAACUCGCCCCACACGCUCUGGCAGCCCAGGCUCAAGUACGGCAAGCCCAAUGCGGUGGUGCCGCUGGGUCACAUCAAUCAGCCUCGUCUUGGCGCCGACGGUCAGCCGCUGCCACGCGGUCCGAGGCGCGGCAUGUACUGCGCCGAGGGCGAUCCGCUCGACAAUCCCUACUACCACGAAAUCCUCCAUGCCCACCCGCCCACACACGCACUCUCCAAGCCCGAGCCGCGCGCAAAGGAUCAGCCGCCACCGCCGCUCAACGAAAAGGACCCGUCGCUAUCCACCGACACCUCGCCAUUUCAGUGGGUAUCCACCAAGGCGCAGAUCGAGGCACUGCGCGAUCAUCUCGACGAGCCGCGCGUCACCGAGAUCGCCAUCGACCUCGAACACCACUCGUACCGCACCUACCAGGGCAUCGUAUGCCUCAUGCAGCUCAGCACGCGAUGGGGCGACUGGAUCAUCGACACGCUCUCGGACGAGGUGCGCCAGCACGCCGAACUGCUCAAUUCGGCCUUCACCCACCCAGACAAGGUCAAAGUCCUGCACGGCGCGAACCACGACGUGCUGUGGUUGCAGCGCGAUCUAGGCCUGUACCUGGUGAACCUUUUCGACACGUACCACGCCACCAACGUGCUGCUCUUCCCGAGUCAUGGCUUGAACUACCUCAUGGCGAGGUAUUGCAACUUUGAUGCGGAUAAGCGGUACCAGCUUGCGGACUGGCGCAUCCGUCCGCUGCCCAAGGAGAUGCUCUACUAUGCGCGCAGCGACACGCAUACGCUGCUGUACAUCUACGACAACCUGCGCCACGAGCUCAUGGAGGCCGGUGGCGUGGAUGCCAUCCGCGACGUUUUUGUGCGGAGCAAGGAGGUUGCCAUGGCGACGUAUGCCAAGGAGGAGUGGGAUGCCGAGGGCGAGACGCGGGAAGGCUGGCGGAGCGUCUGGCGCAAGUGGGGUGGAGAGGCAGCAUUGGGUACAGAGGAGAGGAGGGAGGUGGGUCAGAUGAAGCGCGAGGAACGGCUCGUGCGCGCGCUGCAUCGAUGGCGCGACGGCGUGGCGAGGGAGCAGGACGAGUCGCCGCGCUACAUCUUGGGUGCGAAUAAUCUGAUGAUGCUGGCCGCCAGGGCGCCGACCAAGGUCGAGGGGGUGCUGGCGUGCAUCCCGCCGAACGCGGCGCAGCUCAAGAAGCGCGCUGCCGAGCUGGCGCAGCUCAUCGCCAAAGAGGUGCAGGCGUGGCAGAAGGACCACGAUGAGAAGAGCGAGGAGAGGAGGAUCAAGAUCGCCGCCUCGCUCACCAAGGACGACAACGAGAUGGACCUCGGCGAGGCAGUGGCCAGACCGGCACCGGACCAGGUCUCACAGCCAGUGACGCCCGUUAUUUCAGCCAUCAGCCACGCCGCUCGCACCCAAGGCCAUCUCAACACGAGGGUUUGGGAUACCCCACCGCGCAAAGUGCGUCCCACCAACCCGGACACGCUCGCCGCGCUGACGUCGAAGCUUUUUGGCACUUGCACCCAUCCUCGUGCUACCGUUUCGACACGCAUCGACCAAAUCAAGGCGCAGUUCGUCGACUCGCUCGGCUCCGUCCUCAGCCCUCCACCAUCCGUCGAGAUUGACCUUGCUCUUGCUGCCGAGCCUGCACUCCCGACGCGGGAGGCAACGCCGCCACGCGCUGCCACUCCCGAAGCUCGUGCAGUUGAGGAGGAGAGUGACUCGGACAAGGACGAGUACAUCGUCGUAUCGGCAUCCAAGUCCAGCGACGCCAAGAAGGACGCCAAGCGCAAGACCAAACGCAAGUCCGACGCGGGAGAUAAGGAGCAGGUCAAGAAGCGCAAGGGCAAGUUUGAGGGCGAGUUCGACUUCGCCACUGCGCCCAAUGCGUUCGAAUCGCCCAAGCCCCAGCACGAGCCCAAGGCAAAGACCAAGCCAAAGGCAGACAAGAGCCACAAGAAGGACAAGGAGGAGGCAGUGUUCAGACAGCCACGCGAUAGGGCCAGGCGCAAAAUCGAUGCCCGUACCACCAUGUAA